UUGCUCCUCUUGUCUCCCUCGCUCACGCUCACUCGCUCCGCUGCACAGGGCCGGGAGGACUGUGCUGUGUUGCAUGACUCUGUCUGUCUGUGCUUUGCCGAAUGCCUACAUGACCACAAACCAGGAGAAGAAUGAGCUCACGCAGACUCCGCUGCUCAAGAACUGGGUGCCAUGGUUGGGGAUGGGAGGCUGCAAGCUAAAUCGCAGGAGAGGCUCCUCCGUGCCCCAGUUCACCAACUCCCCCACUCUGAUUGUGAUGGUUGGACUGCCUGCCAGGGGGAAGACAUACAUAUCCAAGAAGCUCACCCGCUACCUCAACUGGAUAGGGGUUCCCACAAAAGUCUUCAACUUGGGCCAGUAUCGCAGGGAAAUCCAGAGCUACAAGGGCUUUGAGUUCUUCAGACCGGACAAUGAGGAGGCCAUGCAGAUUCGCAAGGCCUGUGCUUCAAAUGCCCUUAAAGAUGUAGUUAUCUACUUCUCGAAGGAACAUGGACAAGUAGCUGUGUUUGAUGCCACCAACACAACACGGGAGAGGAGGGUCUCCAUUGUGAGCUUUGCCAAGGAAAAAGGCUAUAAGGUAUUUUUUGUGGAGUCCAUUUGUGAUGAUCCAGACAUCAUUGCACAGAAUAUCGCGGAUGUGAAGGUGAGCAGCCCAGACUAUCUGAACUGUGACAAGGAGGAGGCACUGGCAGACUUCCUGAAACGUAUCGAGUGCUACAAGCAAACCUACGUGCCAUUGGACGAUGAGAAAGACAGGCACCUGUCUUACAUCAAAAUUUUCAACGUGGGCUCUAGGUACCUGGUGAACUGUGUGCGGGACCAUAUCCAGAGCCGGAUAGUCUACUACCUCAUGAACAUCCACGUCACGCCGCGCUCCAUCUACCUGAGCCGCCACGGGGAGAGCAAUAUGAACCUGCUGGGUCGCAUUGGGGGAGACUCUGGACUCUCUCCCAGGGGUCAUAAGUAUGCCACUGCCCUGGGAACCUUCAUCAAGAGCCAGCAUAUAAAGGAUCUGAAGGUGUGGACCAGUCAUAUGAAGAGGACCAUCCAGACUGCAGAGCAUCUGGGCAUCCCCUAUGAGCAGUGGAAGGCUCUCAACGAGAUUGAUGCAGGUGUGUGUGAGGAGAUGACGUAUGAGGAGAUCCAGGACAACCACCCAGAGGAGUUUGCACUGAGAGACCAGGACAAGUACCGCUACCGUUACCCCAAGGGUGAGUCAUAUGAAGACCUGGUCCACCGUCUGGAGCCAGUGAUUAUGGAGCUGGAGAGACAGGAGAAUGUGCUGGUUGUGUGUCACCAAGCUGUCAUGCGUUGUCUGCUGGCCUACUUACUAGACAAAACCUCAGAUGAGUUGCCAUACCUAAAAUGUCCUCUUCAUACGGCGCUCAAACUUACACCGGUGGCCUAUGGAUGUAAAGUGGAGCAUGUUUUCCUAAAUAUUGAGGCAGUCAACACGCACAGAGAGAGACCUGGGAAUGUGGACGUAUCUAGAGACCCAGAAGAGGCCUUGAAGACUAUUCCUGACCACUUUUGAAUAUGAUUUAGAGCAGGGGAGGCCAAUUCCAGUCCUCGAGGGCCUGAUUGGUGUCACAGUUUUGCCCCAGCCCCAGCUCACACACCUGACUCCAAUAAUCACCUAAUCAUGAUCUUCAGUUUAGAAUUAAAUUUGAUUAAUCAGCUGUGAUUCCUAGGGAUGGAGAAAAGUGUGACACCAAUCAGGCCCUCGAGGACUGGAGUUGGCCACCCCUGAUUUAGAGGAGAUGGACUCUAGGACCAUAAUGAUGCUUUUAACUUUAUUUUCAAUCAGUUAUGACUGUGUACCUUUUCAGAUUAAACCUUGUCAAAGGCAGCAAGGGGCAAAGGGGGGGAAAAAGACAAGGGAGAAGACUGGAUGAAUACAAGAUCAAAUAUGACAAACCCCACUGCAUAUGGAAACACUGAGGGGGAAAAUUUACUGAUUUCUUCCUCCUCCGUGGCAACUUAGGCUAAAGCCAAGUACUGAAUGAGCAUGUGUUGUUUAUUGACCUAUAAUGUACAAGCAAUAUGCCUCGGUCUGCUCACUCUGACCCUGGUGUCUCAUACCAGACAUUUAGUGAGGCGCAGUCAGACAGGUGGUGUCAGAAGUAGUUUGGCAUAGUGUGAAAGUGGCCCAACAUGUUGUCAAUCAAACAUUUUCCCAGGCAAUUCUUACAUUAGGCUGCAGGAUAAAUGAUCAUACUUAAGUGAAAGUAAAGCUCAAAAGGUAAUCCAUUCUAUUGAAGUGUUAUAGGUCUAAUGCAGCUGUUUUUAUUUGUUUUAUGUACCUUACUGUGAUUGUUUAAAAACUAUUUUUUAAAGAAACAAAAAUAGAUUCUUAGCUAAGACCGGUUUCUCAAGCAAGAAUGAUGAUAGGACUGUCUGUGAGUAGUCUGACUGGGGAAGGGAAAACUGAAAACUAGCUGUUAUUUAGCAGAGAGGUUUGGAACUGGCUUUGUUAUUGGUCUGUUAACUAAUUUGCCACCUGGAGACGUCACCAGGCAGGACAAACUCCAUCCCACCAAAACAGGCUGAAAUUUCAAGCAGUCUUUUCAAACAGUUCUUACACUAAAAGGGAAUUAUCUUCUAGCAGAUGCUUUACAAUUUACAGGAGCAAUUAGGUUUAAGUGCCUUGCUCAAGGGCACAUCGACAGAUCUUUUACCUAGUCACCUCCAGGAAUUUGAACCAGCGACCUUUCAGUUACUGGUCCAACGCUCUUAACCGCUAGACUACCUGCCGCCUCAUUUCCACAAUUUCACAGUAUUAUUCCAACCUCAUAAUAUGGAAAUAUAUAAAACACAGGGAAAUCACAUUUGACUGUACUGGGCCUUUAAAUGAAUAAAGAAAUAUUAUAUUUGGA